AUGUCUUCAAUCGCGAGAACACUCAGGCCACUGACCCGCGCAGCCACGGCCUCGUCCCGCCGCCCCCUCCGCCCUGCUGUCACACGCGCCACUCCCCAAAUACGAUGCCUCUCUUCGACCGCACCUCGUCGCGAUGCCGCUGUCGACAUUUCCGAUAUCCCACCCACACCCAUCACACAUCUGUCCGAGACUGAAGCCAUGAUGGGCGAAGCAGUCGCCAAGUUCGCCUCGGAAGUCAUCCUGCCCAAGGCCCGUGAGAUGGACGAGGCAGAGGCCAUGGACCCUGCUGUGGUCGAGCAGCUCUUCGAGCAAGGCCUGAUGGGCAUUGAGAUCCCCGAAGAGUACGGCGGCUCGGGCAUGAACUUCACCAGCGCCAUCAUCGCUAUUGAGGAGCUGGCGCGCGUCGACCCCAGCGUGAGUGUCAUGUGCGACGUGCACAACACGCUCGUCAACACCGCGAUCCUCAAGUGGGGCAGCGAGCACAUCAAGAAAAAGUACCUGCCCAAGCUCGCCACCAACACCGUCGGCUCGUUUUGUUUGUCUGAGCCGGUGAGCGGAUCCGAUGCGUUUGCGCUGGCGACCAAGGCCGUCAAGACUGAUAGCGGGUACAAGAUCAGCGGGAGCAAGAUGUGGAUCACCAACAGCGUGGAGGCCAACUUUUUCAUUGUGUUUGCCAACCUUGCCCCUGAGAAGAAGUACAAGGGCAUCACGGCGUUUAUCGUCGAGAAGGGCACAAAGGGCUUCAGCAUCGCGAAGAAGGAGAAGAAGCUCGGUAUCAAGGCGUCCAGCACGUGCGUCAUCAACUUCGACGAUGUUGAGAUCCCCAAGGAGAAUCUACUCGGUGAGGAGGGCCACGGGUACAAAUACGCCAUUGGUCUGCUGAAUGAGGGCCGCAUCGGUAUUGCGGCGCAGAUGACUGGUCUGGCACUGGGUGCGUUCGAGAACGCUGCUGGAUACGCAUGGAACGACCGCAAGCAGUUCGGCCAACUCAUCGGCGAGUUCCAAGGCAUGCAGCACCAGUUCGCACAAGCCUGGGUCGAGAUCUGCGCCGCCCGCGCUCUCGUCUACAAUGCCGCCCGCAAGAAGGAGGCCGGCGAAGAUUUCGUCAUGGACGCCGCCAUGGCCAAGCUGUACGCCUCGCAGGUCGCAGGUAAGGUCUCUGGUCAGGCUGUUGAGUGGAUGGGUGGUAUGGGUUUCGUGAGAGAGGGGCUGGCUGAGAAAUACUUCAGGGAUAGCAAGAUUGGCGCUAUCUACGAGGGGACAAGUAACAUCCAGCUUACGACUAUUGCGAAGCAUUUGCAGAAGCUGUACACGAAGUAG